UUUUGUGACUUCAGUAUUGAUCCAAAUUCUAUAAAAUCUUAAUUUACCAAAAGAUUUCUAUUUUUUGAGUUUUUUUUAAUAAAGAGAAGGAAUAUAAGAUGAUCUGAUAUCAGAAGUUUAGUGAAAUUGAUCUGUAGGAUAUAAAUUGAGUUUGUUACCCACAGUGCCCUAUAUCAAGGGCAGGCACAUACAUUAUCAGGUCCAGCUAGACUAAUGCAUAAAAGCCAGUAUCUAUUUUAAUUGCUCAGAGUCUGUGCCUGAACUAAUUAUUAAUAUUUUGAUCAUCGUCCUUGCCUAUGUCCUUUACAAUUAAAUAAUACAAAUAUGUUUAUAAUUCUUUCAGUAGCACUUUUGAAGCAAAUAGAAUUUCUCUGCUACAGAAAAUAAAGAUAAUCACAAUGCUAAUUUGCAAGAGUUUUAGUAAUCAAAGUAUAUUUUGUACUUGAGUGGGACUGUCUAUAACCUGGAAAAAAGGAAAAAUAAUCAAAUCUAGAAAUUAAUUUUUAGUUGUGUUUUGACAUGACCACCAAGCAAUGCAGAUAUUUCUUAUAGUACCAGUCUUUUUACAUAUAUUGUCUGGAUGCCAUAGAUCAUGAUUAAAUAUUUAUUUCAUCUGGGUUGGGAACACAUCCUUAUGUACAUGUUUAUUUCUGUAAGGAUGAAUGAAGUUUAUUCAUUUAUAAAACAUUUUUUGAAAAAAGGUCCAUUAUGUUCCAAGAACUGUGUGAUGGGGGACACUUGACCUACACCCUGUUGUCAGGGCGUUUAUAACAUUGAGGGGGAAAGGUACAAAGAUUUAUGAAAUACCAAAAACAUUCUGAGAGGGAAUAAUGUUUAGCAUAGUUGGCCCAGCCCUAUAGAGAAGGUAAUUUUUGAAGAGCAAUUUAAACAAGAAGAAGGAAUUUGCCAAAUUCCAGGGGUGAGGAAGUGUGUGUUUAACAAAACAGGGAGUUAGCAUGUGACAAGUUCCAGGAGCUCACAAAUGUCUUGGCACCUGCCAAGAACCCUCAGCAACUCCCCUCCAGGGGAAUACAAGAGGUACAGCACUGGAAGAAGCAACAGGAUAAAAUGUGUCAGUUUGAUCAAAGGGAAAGGUUCAAGAAAGAGUUGUAAAUCAUGUUAUAGAUCAAGUAAAGGCAAGGACAAAACAUGGUCUUUGGACUUGGCUUUCUUGACAGUAUUGAUCACCUUUUCUGAGAGGUAAAAUAGUGGGUGUGGAAGUCAGACUGAUAAGGAUUCAGAAGUGAAUGGGAAAGGAAGAAGCAGAAAAACUGCAUGGGAGAUGACUCUUUGGAUAUUGGCCUGGGAAGGAUGGAUUAAGUGCAUUAGGGAGAGGAGGAUACAUAGCCAGGGCUGGGUCCUUUUCCUCCUGCUAUGUCACUCUCUGCAUUUUGGAGUUGCUUCAGCAUAUUUGGAAGCUAAGAGAAGGAACUGCUGAAAGACAGGGUGUGCAUGCAUAGAGGAGGCAGAAGAAGAAAGAGGUCUUGAGAAUGAAUGAGUCAAGGUGGAGGCUUGUGGAAGCUUAACUGUGGGCAGGAGGAGUGAGAACUGGAAGGCCAAGCAAGAUACAGAAGGAUAGGUAAAAGAAACAUGGGUAGAAAGGUAAGAAAAAGUUCAUGCUUAAGGGCUACUGUUAUGGCUAUGAAACAUUUUUGGCAUAUGAUAUUACCCACUCUUGCUAGUGAAUGUGGAGAAAGAGUGAGGAAGUUUUAGUGAAGCUGCUGUGCGGAAUGAGAUAGGGAGCUGUCCAAGAACAGGGCUAGGUUGUGAGGCAAUGGAAGGACCUAUGUGACCCUGGAACAUAGAGAGGCAAUGCUGUGUGUGUGUGUGUGUGUGUGUGUGUGUGUUUCAGUAUGUUCAUGUGUUGUAUUCAUAUAUGUGUUCACGUGUGUGUUUGUGUAUUUUGUGCUCUAGAGGUAAUUAAAUCCUGAGGCAGUAAUUGAUAAUUUACCAAUAUUUAUGGAACUCCAUCUGUUUUGCAUCACUUUGCUUAUAUUUUUUCUGUACUUAAAAACAUAUGGUCUAGUGGGUCAGAUAUAUAAGGAAAUAAAACGCUGUAGAGGGCAUAGGUGCAGAGAUAAUUCAGAGAAGGCAGUGUUCAUAUAUGGUUGGAUAGAGAUGGGGGUAAUGACAUCUUGGUCGCUUUUUGGAGGAAGUGACAGCUGGCUUUAGAGGAAGAAAAUAGUUGCAGGUGAGGCAGUUGAAGAUUCUGAAGAGAAGGACUAAAGAGAUCGUUGACCAUGCAGGUGGUCCAUUCUCAAGGCAUGAAGUCAUUGAGUAAUUCUUAAUCUUUGCAGAGCAAAGAUUCAGAAAAGAUAGACACAGCUUACAGUUUAUGACUGACUGGACCUUUGUUUUUUAAUAGAAACUGGUAUUAGGACAUGGAAACUUUUUUGAAAACAAAAAUAUUUCUUGAACAUUGGGAUGAGUUGGUUCUUUUUUUUUUUUUUUUUUGAGAUGGACUCACACUGUAGCCUGGGCUGGACUGUAGCAGUGCAAU